AAGCCAAACUUACAAUUCCCAAAUGUGUUCAAGCAUAAAGUCAGACAUGACUUUAUGCUUGAACACACUCAGGUUAUAUUAAACGUUACAUUUGAAAAAGAGGGUAGCUGGCAAGCCUGAGAAGCCAUCCCAACUGUAAAGUACAGGCGUGGCAGCAUCAUGUUGUGUUGGUGUUUUGCUGCAGGAGGGACUGGUGAACCUCACCAAAUACAUGGCAUCAUGAAGGAAGAACAUUGAAUACUGAAGCAACAUUUUAAAAUAUCAGCCAGGGAGUUAAUGUUUGACAAUAAGCUUAAUGACUACGUUAAAUUUGUUCAAAAAUGGCUCAAGCUAAAGAAAGUCUAAGUCCAUCACAAAGUCCUGACCUCAGUCCCAUAGAAAACUUGUGGUCAGAGCUGAAAAGGUGUGUUUUAACAAAGUGGCCCACAAACCUGACUCAGUUACAGAGUUGUUUCAGGAGGACCGGCCGAGCCAAACCUCCAGCUGACUAUUGUGGGGAGGAAUCCCAAAAGGUUUAACCAAAGUCGUACAGUUUAAAAAACAAUGAAAUACUAUGUUAAUAUAAGAUGUAAGAUAUAAGAUUAAAAUCACUACUCAAUCUUUUAUCAAAUAGAACAAAUUUGGGUAAUUGUGACCUGAAACAGCGUCGUUUAAACUGAUUUAAUGUCAGAUGGUGAAAAAAGAAAUGUGUUCUGAAAGCCUGACAGCUUCCAUGGUCUGUCAUCAAAUGAAAACUGUGUGACUAUCAUAUUUCAAGUGAAGAUUCCAGCAAUUAUGUAUCGUUUAAACCACUAAUACUUCGGGUUAACUCCAGACAGACAUGUUCGUCAGAGUGUGUCUGCUGUUCUUGUUGUCGCCAGUAGGGGGAGACACGUGAGCGGAACUGAAGGAAGCUGAAAGUGAAACCAGAUUUCCAUGAAGCAGACGGCGCUCUUCGUUAGCGCGCAUCAACUAAACUAAACCAAACUAAACUAAACCAAACUAAACUAAACCAAACUAAACAGCAGAGAAAGGACCGGAGAUCUCAGAGGGAUGGAGUUUAUCAAAGACAUCACUCUGAUCAUCGAUGAACAAAGAGGUGGAGAUGAGGAAAGACUGCAGAGGAUUCUCAGAGCCUUCCAUCCUGUCAGAAGGGGUUCCUGCUACAGAGUGAAGGGAACCUUUAAAGAGCUGGAGCAGCUUGUAAACACACUGCCAGGACAUCACUCAGUGGCUGCCAGACAAGGACGGGCUGCUCAGCCAACAUGCCUAAUACCUGCCAACACAUUGGUUCUGGAAUAUGUAAAAAGCAAAUGUGGUGAGAAAGUGAAGAGAAUCCAGGGUGAACGUUCAGUCAUUGACUUCAGGGCAGAGGAGAGUGACCCACAGGGCUCAGUUCAGGUGACUUUCAGCGCUCAGAGGGACUCCCCUUCCUCAGCUGACAGGGUACAUGUGGACUUUGUGAAGCAGCGCUUCCUGACGUUCUACCAGAGGACUGCCUCUGACCUGCAGCAGACAUCUGUCUGUCUGGCUCCACACACACCUGAGGAGCUGCAGAGAAGCUUUCCACGGCUGCUCUUUAAACCAGCUGACAACAAUUAUACCACCGUCUGCGGACCUUUUGCACACGUGCAUAAACUGGAAGAGUUUCUCUCACCAACUUCACAGAGUUCAGGGAAGGGUCCAGUUAACAAGGUGCCUGCGAGCAGACAAAGCCAUAAGUCUCCCAAACACAGCGAGCCUCCUGAGAAUGAGCCGUGUCCAAUCUGUAUGGAGCUGGUCCCACCACAGAGGAAGAAGACCCUGCAGUGCAAGCACUCCUUCUGCAAAGACUGUCUGAAAAGAGCUUUUGGCUACAAGCCCGUCUGUCCAGUCUGUGGAGAGGUGUACGGCACUUUGAAGGGGACGCAACCUGACGGGGGAACCAUGGACAUCCAGAGAACCUCGCUUUCCUUACCUGGAUAUGACCAUCACCCAACAAUAGUCAUCCACUAUCACAUUCCCAGUGGAAUUCAAAAGGAGGAGCACCCAAACCCCGGACAACCUUUCCAAGGAGUUUCCCGAACAGCCUACCUACCAGACUCCUCAGAAGGAAGGAAGGUGCUGGAACUGCUGAGGAAAGCCUUCAACCAGAGGCUCAUCUUCACCAUUGGUCGAUCCAGCACCAGUGGCAGGAACAAUAUGGUGACUUGGAACGAUAUUCACCAUAAGACAUCAAUGCACGGAGGACCAACUUCCUAUGGAUACCCAGAUCCUGAUUACCUCAACCGAGUCCAAGAAGAACUGAAAGCCAAAGGAAUCAAAUAAACAUGUAUGUAAGGCCUCUAAAUUCAUUAGAGCAAAGGUAACACUUAAUAAGUACAUAAAGAGUCAUGCAAAAUCAUCUCACUGCUUAAUAUUUAAAAAAUGCUGUUAAAUUCUCAGAAAUAGAAAAGAAAAAAUACGUUGUCUGAACAAUUCUAGUCAAUUUACUAUCAGUUACAUUGUAUGUCUUUCUGGAGUCUUGUUUGCUGAUCGUUAUUAAUGUAACCAUAAAUUAAUGUAAAAUUACAUGUAUGCUAAUAUAAUAAAUUCUAUUCAAUAGGCAGUAUAUAUCUUAUGAAAUAAUUAGCUUAAGGUAUGUGGACAGCUGUUGUGGGCGCAAAACUUUAUGAAAGUCAAGUUAAACCUUUAUCGUUGUUAAAGGACCAACAUGUUCAUAGACAACAUGAAAUGUUCUCCAUUUCAUGUUGUCUUUUUGAAUUCACUGUAGACAUCAUCUGUAAUUGGCCAUUCAUUGUCAUGUUUUCUUUUUGUGUAGUUUUUAAUCACAAUUUAUUGUUACCCUGUUGGAUUUGUACAGUCUCCUUGAGUGCUGUGAAUAGCACUUUUAAAUAAAAUGUAUUAUUCUAUUGGG